AAAAUCAAAUACCUAAUAACGCGCUAAAUUAUUUUUUGGAAAUGAGUACUUUGGAGUUAGUCAUUAAAGACCUUGAAUUUGAGAAUGAGAAAAUAAUAAUCCAGACACAAGAAGAGAUUGCAAUUCUUGAAGAUAUGCAAAAUAACUUACGCAAUAAAUCAGCUGAAAAUGAAAAACUUGAAGAGGAGAUUGAUAAAUACAACAGUGAUAUUAAAGUUCUGCACUCGCAAUUUAAGCAAAAUCAAGAAAUUACAGAAAGUCUUAAAACUGCUUCUACACUAUUAAACAGAUAUCUUGGAGAUCUGAGGAAUAAUUUGAAACUGAAGUGUCAAGAAACAGAUAAUGAAAGAGAUAAACUUGAAAAAAUUUCUGAAAAUUAUAGAAGUAAAUGGUUGCGUUAUGAGGAAGAAUAUGAAAAGUGUGCAUUAGCAAAAGAAAUUCGUGACUUUAAAUUAAAAGUGGCCAAGUUAGAUGCAGAAGAAAAAGAACUAAACGAGAUGCAUCAAAAAAUGGAAAUCAAAAUCCAACAAUAUGAAAACAAGAAAGGAUUCUCAAAAAGACAAAAAGAAGAAGCUAUAACUGCUAUCAUCCAUUUAGCUCAACUUAAUAGGAUAAUAAUGAGUUUAAAUAUUCAAAUUCCUACAAUGAUAGAUGAAAAAACUGCAUUAUGUUCAAAGAUUAAAGACCUUGAAAAUAAAAAAGAAGUUUACAAACCAAAAAUCAAAGAUAUUAAGAAUGAAGCUUUUCUGAAAGACAAAAUACCUGAUGAAAAACCUAUUUUACAACAACUAAAUGUAGUAAACGAUGGGAUAAGAAAUAGUCAAUUUCCACAUGAUCAGUCAACUUUUUUGCCAAAACUGCCACAACAAGAACAAAUAGUGAGAGCCAACAUAUUACAAUCUUCAAGUUCAUAUAUAGCAAGAAUAGGAAACUCAAAAAUAAGACUUCCUAAUUUCAUAGUUGCUCAACAAUCUCAAAUGACUAACCAAGAUUCAAAUCAAACUUCUAGUAAUUAUCCAAAAAUGCCUCAAUUACCCAAGUUUCCAAGUUUUCAUAAGUAUUCUAUGAAUAAAUUAUCUAGCUAUAAGCCUGAAAAAAGUCAAUUAGUAAAAGAUAUUCCCCCACCGGUAGAGCCAGAAAAAGAGGAGGCUUCAUAUCUCCCAUCUUUGCAAUUGCAAAAUUGCUAUAUUCAGGAUAAGGAGCGACCCAUAGUCAAAGAAAGUAUAACUCGUCUUCCAAUUGGAAACUUUAUAGCACCACUUGAUCAAACUACAGAUGAGUUUUUUGGUCUAGAACGCCGUAAUAAUGUUGAAUGUGAUGAAAUCACUCAAUCUCCUUCACCUUUGUCAAAAUUUAGCUUUAGCCCUAAUCAACAUGCCGAAAAUCUGAAGAAGCUAAAACAGUCGCCAGGAGAUGCUUUUUUUCGAACUGGACGCCCUAUGUUUAAUCACAACAAUCCACAUCAGGUAAAUCAAAAGUGUACAGAUGUAAAUGAAGAAUCUAUAAAAAAGCUAAAAUCAAAUCCCGCUUCGUCAUUUAAUUACAAUGAGCUGCUAUCAGAAUCAGAUUCAGUUGUUAAUGUAGUUUCUAAUGAAUCUUUCCCAUCUAGUAAGUCGGAAAAUUUUAGUUUGAAUAGGUUUAGUCUUGAUAGUCCAGGCAUACAUUUCAAUACAUCUUCCGAUCAUGGUGCAUUUACAUUUUCGUCUGCAACUAAUUUUACGCAGAAUAAUCAAACUUUUCCAGAACCUACAUUCAGUUUCGGUGUACUUGAAAAUACUAAAGAUGCUAAAUCGCCUGCAUUUAGUUUUGCUGUAAAUCAACAAUCUUAUGAUCAAAAUCCAGUUCAGUUUGGCAGCUUCCCCUCUGCUGAGUUAGGUUGUAACGUUUUUAACUUUGGAAAUGAGUCAACAGAAAGUGCAUCUGAUUCUCCUUUUAAUUUUAGCGUCGCUCUUAAUGAUGAGAAGGCACCACCAAAAGAAAGAUUCGACUUUAAGUUUGGUGGAGUUUCUUCUCAAGUCAAAAGUUCAAGUUUUUCUUUUAACAUUUAGUUUUUUAAAUUAUGAUCAUCUCUUAACGUUGAAAUUUCUGAAAUCAGGUUGUUAUAUAAUCACAUUUUAAAUAAAUUUCACGUUGCGUUGAA